CAGGCUCGCCUAGUGAGCCUGGAGAAACAAAAAAGGAGGGGUGUUUUGAGGGUCCGAGGGGCAAGCCACCAUCUCUUUGUCCAAAAGCAUUGGGUCGACGUCACUGUAAGGAUCAUGACACUAAGCACAACCACAUUCUACUAAGCUUCUUUCUGUCCACAAUUGCACAUGCGGCCUUCCCACGAAUUCCCACUCUGCUGCUGGACCUUUGUUGUUGUUGGAGCUUCACACCUCGCUUCUUCCUUUGCUUGACACUCUUUGCCUGAUAUUUCCCCUCUUUCUACCCAAAGGCCUUCGUCGAGCCUUCAAUCUCUCCCAUCAGAAGAGCAUCCCGAUCACGCUCCAGCAGCUCUCCCGAUUCUUUCUCGUCCAGCACCGUCUGGGUUCGACCAACAAUUUGCAAGCUGCUCCGUGGCUUCUUGUGCCUUUUACGCAACUUCAGAAUCGUCAAAGAGCACGAAUGCUCACGUCGUUGUGCUGAAAGAGAUUGAUUGACAGACAAGGCAUUCACUCACCACUGGGACGUUGUCCAAGCAUCCCAUCCUCCUGAACGCUUCGGUGCCGUUUCCAGGAAUUGGUCUUGUGCUUCGACCAUACAGUUGUCCUUCGUGACUUCUGGUAAAGGAACAGCUUGAACAAUAGGAAGAGGGAAUGGAGUGUGGAACGCGGAGGGAUCGUCUCAUCGUACAUGAUUGAGAGGUCUACUUGCGUUCCAUCGGGUUCCGCAGCCCAUUGUGUGAGUGUCGACAACGGACAAUUCAAUAGCAUGAGGGCGCAAGGGCUGAUAUUCUGAGUGUGAAGACUUGUGUUGGCCUUGAUUCUCUAGAACGAUGAACCAUGCCCGCAAAGUAAACAACUCGACUGUUUCUACCUCUCACGAACAUGAUCCAGAUCGAAAUUCAACCUCUACUCUACCAUCAAAAUCAUCCCAGCCGCCCAUAGCCAUGUCUUCCAAAUCGAAAAUGGAUACUGGCUGGGGCUCUCCAGAUACUCGAAUCUAUUACGCGAAGAAAUACAGACAGGUUCUCUCAUCUGCUCCCUCAGCCGCCUUGGCCGUGGUCGCAGGGGCUCCAUUUGAAAAUCUCAAAGUUCGCAUGCAAUCACACUAUUUCCCCAAUGCCUGGCAAGCUACAAGAUACACCUAUCGCACCGAAGGACUUCGCGGUUUCUGGGCCGGCACUCUCCCUCCGUUGUUUUCCAUUACCUUUUCCCGAGCGCUCGGUUUCUCCAUCUACCGCAAAGCAAAGUAUGCAAUCGAUAGUUGGAUCGAAAAAACCACGGGAUCUUCACCUCUUCAACACGUCAACAAGCCGGGUACAUAUCCCACCAUCUACACCUUGGCCUGUUUCACCGGAGCUGGAAUGAUCUCGGGUGGUGUUACCGCUGUUGUCCUGACUCCCAUCGAACUCAUCAAGAACGCCACGCAGACCUCUGUGCUCAUGGCCUCUCAAGGAAAGCCUCAAACGGCUCACGCUCCUGGCGUCAAGAACGUCGGACGGGUCAGCUCUUGGGCAUCGAUGAAACUGAUCAUCCAACGCCGAGGUCCCUUGGGUCUGUGGACCGGAUUCCGCCUCCACAUGCUUCGCGACUUGGUCGGCAGCGGCAUCUACUUCGGUGUGUACGAGACCACCAAACAGACGUUGAACUCGUACUACGGUGCCGAAAAGGCGAAUUCUCUGGGGGCAAUCGCAGCCGCGGGUGCUGUGUGCGGAAUCGGUGCUUGGGUUUUUACCUAUCCUCUCGACACCAUGAAGACUCGAGUCCAAAACAACCUCGUCGGCAACCGUCCUCCCUCCCAGCCAACCUCGACCUCGACCUCGAUCAAGUCGGCUCUGGACUCGGCUGCAAAGUCGGUGUCGAGGGCGUCCAAGUGGAAGGGGAUCGAGAUGAUCAUCCUGCGUUCGUCGAUCCAAAACAUGAUCCAAAUGUCCUUUUUCGAGCAAGGCAAGGUGGUCAUUGACAACCUCACCUUUUCCGACGGCAGCCGCACCUUGCCAGAGGUUGAACGUCAUUUCGGUCGGGAUUCGAGAAUCAACAAGAAUGACAAGUUGUGAAGAGGAGACACACACACACACAGAGAGAGAGAGAGAGAGAGAAAAGUCUCGGGAGAGGGAUACUGACCUGUCAAAUUAUUCAAAGAAAUCGAUCAAGGGAUCAAAUCAAGAAAUCCAUCGAGAAAUCAAUCAAUUGCGCUGUUUUUUGGGGAGGUGGAAGAGAGAAUGUGUGUGUGUGUGUGUAGGUGUGUGACACCACACAUCGUAGCAUACCUAGCAUAGGCAAUGAGAAACCCAUUUUGACGACGAAGAAAAA